AUGUUGUUUAGCAAUCUUUUCCCCGCCCUUCUUGUGACUGCUACCUGUGCAGCUGCAAAUCCUGUUCCAGAUGAAACCACUAUCAAUGUCCUGGACGCCCGAAACACUCGUGAAGUCUGUGCUCCAGCUACUGCAUGCACGAACACGCCCAAAACAAUCAAAGCUACCUACCAGAUUUGCUUUCGCUUUACCAGUGCCAAUAGAGCGAAGGUUAUUGGAAGGAUUUCUGGCGUACAAUACUAUUGGGGUGCUGCGUGGUAUAAUCCCAAGGCCGGCUAUCCAUACGAGUACACCAUAGGGGGAGGCUUGGAUAAUACACACCCCUUCUCCAAAGUCGGAAAGGCUCACACACCUUCCACCGAAGUUGAACUUGCUGAGCUUAAUGUCAAUCCUGGUCAGCACCGCCUUUUUACGAGAUACCAGCAAAUUGGUCCCUAUCAUACCUUUCCUAAGGAUUACGUCCGCUGUGACCAUACAUAUCCCCAAUUCAAUGUUCCGGCAAAAUAG